GGUUCUUCAUAGAAACAGGGGUUUGGGGAUGAGCGCCAGCGCGGCAACAGGCAGUGGCACGGCGGGGCGGCCUUGGAACUCCACUACUUCGCUCACCGCCUCUGCCAAGCGGAUCCAGAAGGAGCUCGCAGAAAUUAGCGCUGAUCCACCGGAGAAUUGCUCUGCCGGUCCAAAGGGCGAUAAUCUCUACGAGUGGGUCUCCACAAUCGUUGGUCCUUCUGGAUCGCCUUAUCAAGGUGGGAUUUUUUUCAUCGACAUUAGCUUCCCCAGCGAUUAUCCAUUCAAGCCUCCCAAGGUGGUGUUUAGAACGCGAAUCUAUCACUGCAACAUUCAUCCCAGCGGACAGAUCUUCCUGAAAAUUCUCGAGGAGAAUUGGAGUCCAGCUCUUACAAUCUCCAAAGUUCUUGUUUCGAUUUGUGCAUUGCUGGGCGAGCCAGAUCCUUUCGAUCCUUUGGUGGGAAGUAUCGCCCACGAAUAUUUGUCCGAUCGUCACCUCCACGACAAAUCCGCCAUGGAAUGGACUCGAAGAUUCGCGCACUGAUUAACAGUUUAAAAAUCUUUAAAAAGCUUCGCGUGGAGCCCUAAAA